UGUACAACGCCAUUAGUAGGUUUUGGUAACUGUCUGAUUGCGUGAAGCAUCGACCUGAAGUGACAAUUGUCGGUUGACGCGCAAGUACUGGUAGCUGAGCCUACCGAUAUUAUUCGGCUUCGGAAAUAGUCUUAUUGCAACGAUCUUGGCCUAGAAACACCGAUUGGGCUCUCAAGCCCGUCUUUUGCAAGGUUAAGGAAGCGGAAGUUAGCGGACGCUGCAUCAGCACUACCAUCAUGCAAGCGCUAUCUAUCAACCCCUCGUCUUCCCUUAAGCGGUCCGGCAUGGCCGGUUCCGCACGCCGAUCGCCCUGGCUGCGCGCCGCUGCGUCUGGGCGAAGGACCAGCGUUGCGGUGUCAGCGGCGAUGCGGAAUAGCCGGACAGCCGAGUUGCGAAAGCUUCUGAGUGGUAACGAGAUUUUGUUGGGCCCCUGCUGCCACGACGGCCUCUCCGCGCGCCUCAUCGAGCAGGCCGGCUUCCCCUUCGCCUUCAUGAGUGGAUUCUGUACGGCAGGCGCCCGGCUGGGGGCACCCGACACGGGCCUCAUAUCGUAUGCGGAGAUGGUGGAUGUGGCUCGCAACGCGGUGGAGGCCACCCGCGGGCUGCCCAUCAUCGGGGACGGCGACACCGGGUACGGCAACGCAAUGAACGUGAAGCGAACCGUGCGGGGGUACGCGCAGGCCGGCCUGGCGGGAAUCCUGAUCGAGGACCAGGUGGCGCCCAAGAGCUGCGGCCACGUGCGCGGCAAGCGGGUGGUGGGGCGGGGCGAGGCGGUGGAGCGCAUCCGGGCGGCAGCGGAUGCGAGAGAUGAGGGCGCAGACAUCCUGAUCGUGGCUCGCUCCGAUGCGCGGCAGGCGGUGUCGCUGGAGGAGGCGCUGUGGAGGGCGCAGGCAUUCGCUGAGGCGGGUGCUGACGUGUUGUUCAUAGACGCGCUGGAGAGCGAGGAGGAGAUGCGGGCGCUGGCGCAGCUGGGGGGAGCGGCGGCAGGGGUGGCAAAGAUGGCCAACAUGUUGGAGGGUGGCGGCAAGACUCCGCUGCUGCCGCCCUCGGCGCUGCAGGCGCUGGGCUUCAAGCUGGUGGCAUACCCGCUGUCGCUGCUGGGGGUGUCGGUGCGGGCCAUGCAGGAGGCGCUGGUGGGACUGAAGCGGGGCCGGGUGCCGCCCCGGGAGGCGCUGGGCUCAUUCGCGGACAUACAGGCGGCAGUGGGCUUCCCGGAGUACUAUUCGGAGGAGCAGCGCUACGCCGCGGGGCCGGAGUCGGGGGCAGCAGCAGGGGCAGCGGGAGCAUGGGGGGCAGGGGCAGCGGGGGCACGCGGUUCCUGGUCGUCAGCGGGCCCAGCCGCAUGGCCCGGGGCGGGGCCGUCCUCAGCGUCAUGGGGGGGCAGUGGUAGUGUGGGAGGGGGGGGCGAGCGGUCGCCUCCGCAGCGGCCCCCGCCCCCUCCCCCUCCCCCUCAGACACCGGUAGUGGAGCCGGAGGCUGUGUACGAAGGCUCCACACCUAGAAGCACCGCCGCAGCAGGCGACAACACCUCCUCAUCAUCAUCCUCCACCUACUCUCCCUACUCCUCUUCGUCUACCACCGCCUCCUCCUCCUCCUCAAGCUCCUCCUCCCGUCGCAAUCGCAACCUGCGAGUGCGCAUCACGGACGGAACCACGGGUCUGGUGAAGCUGGAGACGCGCGUGCCGGCGGGCUUCCUCAACGGCCUCACAGCGCUGGUGCCGCAGGUGGCGGGGUUUAACAUUGAGGCCCUGUUGGACCAGGCGCUGGGUCCCGGAGGCGUGCUGCCGCCGCCCGACCAGCCGCUGCUCAACCUGGCAACCGGCAGCGACAAGAUCCAGAUCUUCCUGGAGUAGAUGAGGGGCGCUGCCGUACAUCAGGAGGGGUGCCGGAGCACAGCAGGAGUGCGCGUGUAGUGGAGGGACCAUGUAUCUGGGCACUGCUGGCCUCUAUGUUUGAGCAGGGAGGUGGCCCUCCUGUGGUAGGGUAGCUCAGUGUACAAGGAGGGAGGGGGCCAGGCGGGCCAAGCAGGCAGGGCAGCAGCGGCAGCAGCAGCAGGCGUCCAGCGGGUUGUGAUGGAUGGGUGGCAGGGUGUGUGAGAUGACAGUGUCAGCAGCAGCAGCAGCAGCAGCGGGACCCGACCGGACCUCUCUGAAGCUCUCCGGGAGGAGAAGUGGCUAGUGGAGUGGAGUGGAGUGAAGUGGAGUGAAGUGGGCUGAAGAAUGCAGGAGGUCUGCAGGGGGUCUUGCGCAGCGCAGACGAGGAGUGUGUUGAGUGCAUGCAGGCCGGCAGGUAGGUGCCACCGGUGGACGGGAAGCGGUACCGAUAUGACAUAGUUGAGUAGGACGCGUGCACCUCUUGUUAAAAAAAGAGGUGCCCACCAAAGAGGUGGGUGUGCGGUUGGACGGUGCGUAAGCUGCUGCUGCUGUGCACACGUCGCAUGUGAGGAGCUGCUGCUGCUGCUGCGGAUGCGUAGAGUAGAUGCCUGCAUGUUGUAAAUGAGCACAUGUGUUACGGCUCGGUUUCGAAUGGGC